GUCGUUUACUAUCGUCUUAUCCGCCGCGAAGCAGCAGUUCGUGUGGUGUGGCACAUACAUCCCGACUUGACCAAGGCCGCCGAGCAGCCUAGCUCUCCCCUCGCCAUGGAGGUCCUCGCCGCGACGCCUCGGGCGCUCUUCCCGCGCGCAUCCCCAGCGGCAUUGAUGGCAACGGCGGGACGGACGCCACCGGCCCGGCGCCGCUGCGCCGCUCCUGUCAGGGCCUCCGCGGCGGCAGCGGAGCCGGCCGGGGAGGCCAAGCCGGCUGCGGCUCCGAAAGCAGCAGCCGCGCCCAAGAAGGUCCUCAAGAAGAAGCCGGUCUACUCGAUGAAGAAAGGCCAGAUUGUGCGCGUGGACAAGGACAAGUACUUGAACAGCAUCAAUUACCUGUCAGUUGGGCAUCCGCCCUUCUACAAAGGCCUGGAUUACAUCUACGAAGACCGCGGCGAGGUCUUGGACAUCAGAAUCUUUGAAACCGGAGAAUACGCCCUGAUCGCGUGGGUGGGGAUUCCGACUCCACCGGCAUGGCUACCAACUUACAUGCUCAUCAAGUCGGACAAGCUCGACUACGAGAGGAUAUGAUGUCCGGCGCCGGCCUGGCAGGAAGCCUUCAGUUCAACGAUUCACGCCAUCGCCAUUCCACAUGUUGAGUCUCGUCAGGAUCGGACACACUGUUGUACAUAGAUGCAAAUGCCAACACAGUGUUGUACUGCGCUUGUGAUUAUAUAUAAACUCACAUUUUAAAUUACUUUUGCGCGGAUUUUAUAUUAGGACUCUGAUCAGAUUGAAUGGACAGGUUACCACAUAAGAAAAUCUUACUAAAUAUAUAUA